GCCGCCGCCCGUCAGCUCACGAACCCGCACUCCCCUCGGGGGCGCUCCGGUCGCCGCGCCCCUGCUCACCUCGGGGCCGGGCGUCCCGCUCCCGUCUCCGCGUCCCCCCCUCACCAUGAGCAACGUGAAGCCGGACGUCGAGCACUGCACCGGCGCGGGCACCGGCUCGGGCCCCGGCGGCCCGCUGGAGGAGGAGGUCCGGACACUAUUUGUCAGUGGUCUCCCUGUGGAUAUUAAACCUAGAGAACUGUAUCUGCUUUUCCGGCCGUUCAAGGGCUAUGAAGGGUCCCUGAUCAAGCUCACUUCAAGACAGCCUGUUGGUUUUGUGAUCUUUGACAGCCGGGCAGGAGCAGAAGCAGCCAAAAACGCAUUGAAUGGUAUUCGCUUUGAUCCUGAGAACCCCCAAACCCUGAGGCUAGAGUUUGCCAAAGCCAACACCAAGAUGGCCAAGAGCAAGCUAAUAGCAACACCAAAUCCCACCAAUGUCCACCCUGCCCUAGGAGCACAUUUGAUUGCACGAGACCCUUAUGAUCUGAUGGGGACUGCUCUGAUUCCUGCGUCCCCAGAGGCCUGGGCCCCUUACCCUCUCUACACCACAGAGCUGACGCCAGCCAUUUCACAUACUACGCUCACCUACCCAGCUGCCACUGCUGCCGCCGCCACCCUACAUGCUCAGGUGCGUUGGUAUCCCUCUUCUGAUACCACUCAGCAAGGAUGGAAGUAUCGCCAGUUCUGUUAGCUCCUCAGUCUUGUCACUCUGGAGUUGGUGCCCUACUGCCACCUGAGGGCUAUGCAGACUGCUGCUUCCUCUCGACACUGUGAAUCUGAAGCCUGACUCAGUAGUCGGCUCUUGUUUCCUUCCUCCUCAGUUCUCCAAGGCCUCCAGGAGGAUUGGGAGGCUUCUUACUGGGACACCUAGACCCAGGUUGCCGGCCUCAUUGGGAACCCAGCACAGCCUGACCUGCUCAAACUUACUUCAGUAGUUCCCCCAUCAAGGAAAAGGGACAUUUAAUUUUGCAUGUUUAUGAAUUGUGACACUUAAACUUGUACGGUUUGUUCCCACACUGUUGCCAUAGCAACAGGUCUUGGCACUGGAGGCUUGUCAAGGCUAGUCUGUCUUUAUUACUCCUGACUCCUGCACUCACCCUACUUCAGGGAGGCCUGAGCCUUGCAGUCACUUCUGACCAGAAGGC